GAAUCCCUAGCUGCAGCCCGAUCCCCUUUGGGCCUGGCGACACCUCUGUCUCUCCCUCACCUCUCCUUCUCCAGCUCCGGCCGCCGCCACGGCCAGGCCGGCGUGGUGGUGCGCCUUCCAUCCAUCAGCCCCGCAAGCCACCACCAUCUCCACCAGCACCGCUCACCACCUCGCGUCGCUGCGUCGCCCAGCACCCUCACGCACCAUCCAACAGCGCCGCCACCAGCGCCGCAUCUCCACCAUCACCCCCUGCUGCUGCUCCUGAUCCUGCUCCUUCUUCCUUUGCCCUGCUGCUUCUUCCCUCUCCUCAAAUCCUAUUGCUGCUAGACUUCUUCUUCCCUCAACCUCAACUGCUGCCGCUCCUAGUCCUCUCUGAACCACAAACCUGCUGCUGCUCAUAGUCCAUUCUGAAUAAUAAAACUGCUACUGCUUCUCUUCUUCUACUGCGCCCCCUUGCCGAUAUCUCACGCUGCUGCUCCUCCCUUCAUCACGCUACUGUUUCUUUCUUCUCCCUACCUCGCUGCUGCUCUGCCCUCUGCUGAUGUACCUCUCCUUCUCCAACUCGCUCCCCGCUGAUCCUCUCCAUCACCUACACCAUCUACAGCUGCAAGCCUAAAGAUUGACUGGGAAUUAAUCUUUGAAUCUCUCCCUUUUCUUGCUACUGUACUCUGAAUUUUCUGUAAUAGGAGUUGUGUAGGACUUUUAAGUUUCAGAUUUUGAUAAGUGUUUGCAACCAACUAGUUUGAUCAGUUUGUACUUGUUAAAUAUCAUGUCAUGAAUUCUAUGUUCUGAAUAGUGGAUUUCUUUUCUUUCGAAACUAAGUGAUGUCUAACAUUUUGGCUUUGGUAAUAUGCGUUCUGUCGGCAUAUAUAUGUGUUCACCCUGUGUAUUUCCUCUCGCUGUACUAGUUAAUUUCUACUAGUAAUUUUUACUUGUUAAAUACUGUUGUGUUGAUCUGUGGGUACUAAUCUUGUGGCUUGUUAGAUUUCGUUUCUGUUGUCUCUUGUGUAACCUGAACCGUGGUGUAGUAUCCUAUUCGCAUAUGUGUGGUUUUGUGUGUUCUGUAGUCCCUGUAUUAGCUAUGUACCUGUGAUAUAUAAAUGUGUGUGUGUGUGUGUGUUUGAUUUGAAACAAUUAUGUUUUGUCAUAUAUUCUCGCUUCUUUCCUUUGUUUAUGUUUGAUAGUAAUGUGUCUUUGUCUUGUAGCUUUAAUUGAUAUUGACUCCUGUUUGUGUUAGUAUUGUAGAUCCGCUAGUAAUACAAAAAUACUAAAAAGACAGAGUAAAGAUAAUCUUCAUCUCCCUUUGCUUAUUUGUCAUUUUCUCUGUUGAUGAUCCUUGUUAGUGUUAGGUUUAUUUUCUAUUCUCAUCAUUCAAUUGGGUCACCUAGCUUUAGUCGAACGUACUUGUCGUCGCCUAGUCCCUGUGGAGAACACGACACUCAUAGUUUGGGCGUAAAAAUCCCGCUACACUUACAAUUGAUCAUUUUGGCGCCGUUGCCGGGGACUAGCAUCGAGCGAUUGUGUGAAGCUUUAGACUAGGCUUAGUAUAGUUCUUGUUUAAAUUUCCAGUCAAAUUUAUUUCUGUGUUUCUUUUACCUUUUUACUUUUUGUUGCUUCGGCUUAUUAGGAUACUAACCCUCUCACCAGAGCUUGAUGUUUGUGAGCGUGUGUAGGAUAUCUUACUAUUUGUAGGCUGAUUGACAGUUGCGCUUGAACAUAUGGCUUUAGUACGUGAUCUUUGGUUGCCAAGUAGUUUGGGCACGAUGACAGGGCCAAUUUGGCCAUCUAUUGAGGCCGAAAAUUUUGAGUUGAGGCCUGGACUUAUUGCUCUCGUCUUGCAGAAUCAGUUUAGAGGAUUACCCAAUGAAGACCCUCAUGAGCACAUUUGUAAUGUCCUGGAGUAUGCCAAUACUGUCCAGUACCAUGGCGUUUCCCAAGAUGCUAUCAAGUGUAUGCUGUUCACAUUCUCUCUCAGAGAUGCUGCUAAGGACUCGUACUAUUCUUUGCCAUCAAGAUCAUACACUUGGGGUGAUAUUUCACAAGCUUUCCUGCACAGAUAUUUUCCACUUUACAAGCAAGCUGCAAUUCGUGACCAGAUCCUCAGUUUUGCGCAAGAUGGAAGUGAGAGCUUGUAUGCAGCUUGGGAGAGAUAUAAGUAUUUGCUUAGAAAAUGUCCUAAUCAUGGGCAAAAGGAUUGGUUAGUGCUCCAGAUAUUCUAUAGAGGGCUGACACAUGCUUCGAGAGAUCUUAUUGAUAUGUCAGCUGGUGGAACAAUCAUGAACAAGACCGUUGAGGGUGCAAUUAUUCUCAUUGAGAGCAUUGCCUUCCACCAAAUGCAAUGGGGUUGUGAAAGGCCUAAUUCAAAUCCGAAGGUUGCAAGCCAUCUGCAAUCAGAAGCUGUGUGUUCCAUAAGUGAACAGAAAUCAUCCAUGGUGCCUAAUAUUCAAAACCAGCAUGUUCCAUUCCGGGGACAACAACAUUUCAGAGCUGAAUUAGAUCCUCCAUGUAGAAAGAUUGAUCUUACUUCAAGUAUCCUUGAUGAUGAUUAUGAUAUUUUUCAAGAUGAUGCAACCAUUGUAGAUCGGAUGGAAACCACAGUAGCAGAUCCAAUACCUCAUGGCAAUGAAACUGUCCAGAUUGAGUCAAAGUUGCAAGAAGAUGUUUAUGAGGAACCUACUCUGAUUGAUGCUAAGUUGAGACAGCAAGAUAUGGAGAAAUUCACUUGUGUUAGUCAACUAUGUGACUCGUGGAAUUUAGUCGUGGCACCAAUUGCCCACACUUGUGUUACAACUGUAUCUGGGAUAUUUGUCAAGAAGAAAUCAUUAGCUCCACCGGUGGUUGCCUCUAUCUCAGUUAAAGAGAGUAUCUCAGAGAAGAAUAGUGAAGAUGAGAUUCCAACUCCUGCACAUACAUCUAAGCAAGUCGGAGACAUUCCAAGGAGAGAGAUAGUUGGGUCAAAUUUAGAAGAGUUGAUACUUCAAUAUCCUGAGAAGAUCCCACGUGUUGCUGAGCUGCAUGACUGGUGGAAGUCAUCAGUGUCAGUGUUGAAACUUAGCAGUGAUGGUGAUGAGGAGAAUAUUGCUCAGAAAGACAGCGAGGUAGUGAUCUCAGCACCCCUACCAGAUCAUGUUAGUGCAUAUUCACAGAUGGGGACACUUCAGACUCAAUUAGGUGUUGCUGGUAGUAGCACCAUAGAAGAUCCAGAGGAAGAGAGAUCUCAACUUGAAGAAGAAAUACUCGAAGAGGAGGAACAAGAUGAUCCAGAGCUCGAACAACCAAGUGAUCAAGUUGAAGAUUCAUCAUCUACUACUCUUGAAGAAGCAAAAGAAGUUGUUGUAGAUGAACUUGAAGAACCAGAAAUUCAUUUGCCUAUUGUCAUACAAGAGCGUGAUGUAGAAGGUUCGAGGUGACAUCCCUUGGGAUCCUGGUGGAGUCAGAGCAUGGCGAUGAGGAGAAGUAAGGAGCACACAUGAAGAGAGAAGCUGGAGCAGGCAUGAGGAUAGGGAAGCAAAAGGAGAGGAGUAACAAUGCACGAGGAAGCAAAGGAGAAGAGUUGCAGUUUAGAGAGUGUCGAGCGAGUGCUACGUCCUAUAAAAACCCGGUGAGCUGUUUCAUGACCUAUUCCGAGUAUAUCAUCCAUUGAUACAUGCUGAAAUCAAAUGUUAUUUGGGUUGCUUAAGCCAUGCCUUAAAUGUUGCCCCACUGAAUUUUAUUUGACAUAUGGUGCUUGAUGUGAAUAUGUGAAGUGAGUGUUGAAUGCCUUGUAACCUAGUAAUCUACACAAUGCUUGCUUUGCUGAAAUUAGUGAAAGCUAUUAGUUUUGAGUGCUCAAAUCCCUACUACACUAGAAAACUUAAUCAUUUUCUGCUUUUACCUUGAUACACCUAGAUCAUUAAGUGUCAGAUGCUGAGUUUGUGCCUAAUGUGUUCCCAUUGAGAGCAAUCACCUAACCACUAUGGAUUAGCAUGCUACGUUCCCUGGAUCGGUAGCAUGUGAACCAGACAUGGAGAAGUGAUGAUUCCUAUUUUUGUGCUUAUGCGUUGUUCAUUUAAGAUUAGUAAUAAUGAAUAAAUUAGUUUGACUACCUAUAGUAGCAUGUCAUGUUCUCGGGAUUGGUGGCAUGUGAAAUCGGGUUAGCUUGGGCAGUAAUUAUUAAUAAAAACAUGUAAUUGUCGAACCAGGUGUAUACCAUGUUCUCGGGAUCGGUGGUAUGUUCCUUUGGGGAGACAAACAAAAAAAACUAAUAUUUGGUUGAGCCAGGUGUAUACCAUCUUCUCGGGAUCGGUGGUAUGUUCCUUUGGUGAGACUGAUAAAAUAAUAUCUUUGCUUCCUUCAAAUUCAAUAAGUGGUUCAACCACAAUGUUGUGUUCCUGGCAAUAAGUGAUCUGAUCACAAGCUUUGUUCUCGGGAUCAUGCUCUCUUUAGGAACCUUUUGGCACAAUCAUCAUUUGAACUUGUUGAUCCACUUUUAUCAUUGUAAAAGUUUAAAAUGAUUGAGUCUACUAGUAUCCUAUUGCUUUGUAGCACUCUUGACCAUUAAUUUUCAUUAGCUAAGUCCAAAGCAUGCAUUGUUUAGAGAUCUACUUCACUUGGACAUUCUCUAGUCAGCUCACAAUUCAAUAUCUAGUUCUUGUCAUAUUCCUUUGCUUGAGGACAAGCAAAGAUUUAAGUGUGUGGGAACUUGAUAAGCACAUUUCAUAUACAUAAUUUUGGCAUUGAGUUAUACCAUUCGUCGAGUUAUGCCCAUCUAUUCUUGCUAAGUUUAGUUGAAUAUUUGCAUGAAAAUCAUAUAAUGAAUCAUUUACUAGUCAUUGUGUUUCUUUUGCAGAAAAGUGCGACAAGGCACUAUAAUCUACAAGUUUCUGUCUAGAAAGUAUUGAGGAACAAGACAAGGGCAAGAAAGAAAGAGUGGAGGGAUCAACUUGUGAAGUAGGAAGAGAAGUAGAAGGGCCAAAGUGCAAAAGUACAGAUCUGAGGAGAGGAUCAAAAUCCCUAGCUGCAGCCCGAUCCCCUUUGGGCCUGGCGACACCUUUGUCUCUCCCUCACCUCUCCUUCUCCAGCUCUGGCCGCCGCCACGGCCAAGCCGGCGUGGUGGUGCGCCUUUCAUCCAUCAGCCCCGCAAGCCACCACCAUCUCCACCAGCACCGCUCACCACCUCGCGUCGCUGCGUCGCCCAGCACCCUCACGCACCAUCCAACAGCGCCGCCACCAGCGCCGCAUCUCCACCAUCACCCCCUGCUGCUGCUCCUGAUCCUGCUCCUUCUUCCUUUGCCCUGCUACUUCUUCCCUCUCCUCAAAUCCUGUUGCUGCUAGACUUCUUCUUCCCUGAACCUCAACUGCUGCCGCUCCUAGUCCUCUCUGAACCACAAACCUGCUGCUGCUCAUAGUCCAUUCUGAAUAACAAAACUGCUGCUGCUUCUCUUCUUCUACUGCGCCCCCUUGCUGAUAUCUCACGCUGCUGCUCCUCCCCUCAUCACGCUGCUGUUUCUUUCUUCUCCCUACCUCGCUGCUGCUCUGCCCUCUGCUGCUGUACCUCUCCUUCUCCAACUCGCUCCCUGCUGAUCCUCUCCAUCACCUACACCAUCUACAGCUGCAAGCCUGAAGAUUGAUUGGGAAUUAAUCUUUGAAUCUCUCCCUUUUCUUGCUACUGUACUCUGAAUUUUCUGUAAUAGGAGUUGUGUAGGACUUUUAAGUUUCAGAUUUUGAUAAGUGUUUGCAACCAACUAGUUUGAUCAGUUUGUACUUGUUAAAUAUCAUGUCAUGAAUUCUAUGUUCUAAAUAGUGGAUUUCUUUUCUUUCGAAACUAAGUGAUGUCUAACAUUUUGGCUUU